AUGGUUUAUAGUAAAGCUCGUUGGAAAUGGCAUGAAUGUUUGCAAGCUCGCGACGAAAUUACCAGUAAUGAUUCUGAAUGUGACAAUGAAGAUUUUACCGACAAUGACUGCAUCUCAACACAUCAGCAAGGUUUGAAUGAUGAAACCAACGAAACAAAUUCUUCUAUUUCAAAUGAUGAUCUUUUUAGCAAACAACAAAAAUUAAAAGAACAAGCAAAAGUUGCUCUUGUACUCGGCGCUAAAAUGGCUCGAAUGCAAGUAGAAAUUGAACGAGAAGGUUUGGAAAAGAAACGAUCAUCGUUUUACGAUAUUAUUGGUGUUGAUACAAAUGGCGAUCGACAAUUAACAACCGAUUUAGUUCGAAAAAUGAAUAUGGACCAAUUGCAAAUGAUGAUCAAUGAUCUCUAUAGUCGAAUUGAAGAGAACAAUAAUCAAUUAGUAAAUCUUUUAAUCGAACGAGAUUCAUUGAGUAUGGAACAAGAUUCAAUACUUGUUGACAUUGAAGAUCUAUCGAAACGAUUGGACGAACUUGAAAUUAAUCUACCAAAACAGUCGCCCUCCAAUGAACAAACAGAAUCUAUUUAUGCGGCUAAAAGUCUUGCACCAGAUGUUCCGAAAAAAUCUAUUUUUCAAUAUUUUUUCCGAAAGACAAUGUUUACUUAA